AUGUCCGUGUUGCCUCGAGGGUUCGAAUGCUGCCGACCACCAGCUAGGUACGGCUGCGUUCGAGGAGAAUACAGUGUCUACUACAAGAGGCCACGUUGCGGACAACCUAGGCCACAGCCCUUUCAGAGAGAGUGCGCUUGCUACUAUUGGGGCUGCCCGAGUAACGUCCCACGGGAAAGGCCGUGUUGCUACGACUACCCCUGCAAAGCGCACUGUUUCAACCAUGGUGCUUGCACGAGGCCAAGCGGUCGGUAUGCGCGCACUGUCUGGUACCCUGGCGAGUGCUGCCCUUGUGUACCACCCUGCCAGGCCUUCACCUGCCCCAACCCACCGUACCAUCCCUGCUGCUACCACACUUGCAAUAAACACGUCUGA